AUUUCAUCAAACACCUUGCAUGCUUCGUCUAUAUUUCCUUCUUUAUAAAACGACGCGUUUCCAAAACCAUAACACAAGUAAAUAUCCCAAAAUCAAAUCCCACAACUUGAGUGGCCUCUGAGUUAACGGUUUUAUCAUCUGGCGGCGAUCGUAUAGAAAAACGGCAUAAAACGGCAUCGUAUAGAAAAACCCUAGCCUCUCUUAAUCAAAUCAAAUAACCCUCCUCGUCUUCUUCAUCUCCUUUCUUUCUCAUAACCCUAACAAUGAAGAAACUUUCUUUCUCCUUCCCUUCUUCAAAAUCUUCAUCCAAGUCAAACAAUUCCGUCAAACCCUCCCAAACCUUCGGCGAAGAUUCUUCCACCAAUCCACAACAUCUUCAAAAACACUUAAUCACCGAAUUCGACCCUUCCAAUCUCCAAACCCUAGACCCAAAUCCCAAAACCCUAAUUCCCCCAAUUCAAAACCAAUGGCGUCCCUACAAAAAGAUGAAGAAUCUCGAUCUUCCCUUAACCGAUUCGCACUCCUCCCAUUCCCUCACUUUCGAACCGGAUACCACUUCGAUCUCCGAUCAAGCUGAAUCUGACAAGUCAUCUUACGGGCUUAAUCUCCGUUCCGCGAAUUCCGAAAACAAGUUACAGCAAGUUGACGGUGAUGCUCCGCGGCUCCGGGUUCCGAUUGAGGUUAACAUGAUGCAGAAGUUUAAGGAGGAUAUGGAGAGGCUUCCGGAAGAUCAGGGGUUUGAUGAGUUUAAGGAUGUUUCGGUGGAUGGUUUUGGUGCGGCGCUUUUGGGUGGGUAUGGAUGGAAAGAAGGAAUGGGGAUUGGGAAGAAUGCUAAGGAGGAUGUUAAAGUUGUUGAGGUUAAGAGGAGGACUGCUAAGGAAGGUUUGGGUUUUGUUGCGGAUUUGCCUCCUCCUACUUCGAAGAAAGGCGAAAGGAAUGGGAAGGUGGAGAGUGAGAAGAGGAAGAAGGAGGAGAAAGUUGUGAGAAUUGUCCGAGGUAGAGAUGUUGGAUUGAAGGCUAGUGUUGUUGGUAGAAUUGGGGAUGAUGUUCUUGUUUUGAAGGUUUCGGGGAGUAGUGAGGAAGUUAAGGUUAGGGUAGAAGAUGUUGCUGAAUUGGGUUCUGUUGAAGAAGAUAGGUGUUUGAGAAAGUUGAAGGAUUUGAACAAGGUUAAAGACCGUGAGGAGGAAAGAGGGUCUCGUAGUAAGCAUCGGAGGGAUGAGGUGAAAGAGAGGAGAGUGGAUGGUAAUCAUGGUGGUAAGGAAGAGAAGGGGAAGAAACAGGUUCCUUGGCUUACAAGUCACAUUCGGGUUAGGGUGGUUAGUCGAAGUUUUAAAGGGGGGAGAUUUUAUUUGAAGAAGGGUGAGGUUUUGGAUGUUAUUGGACCUACUACUUGUGACAUAUCUAUGGAUGAGAGUAGGGAGAUUAUUCAAGGGGUGUCUCAAGAUAUGCUUGAGACGGCUAUUCCUCGACGAGGGGGGCCUGUUCUUGUAUUGCAUGGGAAACAUAAGGGUGCCUUUGGGAGUCUUGUUGAGAGGGAUUUGGAUAGGGAGAUUGGUAUUGUUAGGGAUGCUGAUACCCAUCAGAUGCUCAAUGUCAAACUUGAACAUAUGGCAGAGUAUAUAGGGGACCCAAGCUUAUUGGGACAUUGAUUCUAUUGUAUCAGUUGCAGUUUAAAACUUCCAUAUGAAGAAACAAAUUUACAACUAUGUGUUUUGGAAAUCUCUAAUGCUUUUUCUUGUUUUUAUUUAACACACUGAGUAUAUAUCAUUUGGUUGCAAAGUGAUUAUUGAAUGAUGGAUGAUACAUAUGACAAACUCAAUAUCAUCCAAAGGGGACCUUUUUUAUUUGAGAGCUUGGACACUCAUUUUGAGGCAGUGGGGGAGGGCUUCCUUGAACAGCUGAUUAGUUGGAACUUCUUUGAAAGACCAGAAAGUUCUGACUGCAAUUCACGAAUUACAUGGAAGCAAGAUAUUGAAUAUCAGUGAUUUGAAUAUAGAUGUCCAGUUUUGCAACCGGGUUUUCAUAAUCAAUCCAUUCUCACCGAAUUUACAAUGAAAUGAGACAGUUAUUCUGUGAGCUAAUAGCCUAUUUCUUAAAAUUGAUUAUAGAUAUAGUUGUUUGUUGGGGUUGGGAAGUGGUUCUCUCCUACUAGUAAUACAUUGGAUACUUUGUCUGAUUCAUGUGGAUGAAAAGGAUGGUUGAAAAGUCGUCAGAAUUCAGAUAAAUUGAAAAGGACAUAUUUGAAAACUUGUAUGGUUUGACAUCAUUAUCUAGACUAGAAAGACUGAUUCAUUGAAAAUUUUAAUUCUGUUGUCUUUUCAUUU